AUGGCGGAUUUCAAUCAGGUCUUGGCGGGUGGCGCCCAUUUUGUCGCAAGAGCGAUUGAACAUCAAGUUCGACAGGCCGCUUCGUCGGUAGAUCCAACGUCUUCGGUCUUUAGUUCUGCGUCUGGCACUCCUACGCCAUCAGCAGCCUCGCCUCCCGCGACUCCAGAGCCUUCUACGGGUAACACGAACAACGACAAUCAAAAUAAUGGUGGCCAGUCGACUAAUUCCCCUCUACUAUUCUUUGUAGCCCUGGGGUUUGGUGUCGUUUUUACCAAUCUUUGGAUUAUCGUUGGUGUCAAGUACUGCUUUCGCUACAACGCACGUAAUCGACAGCUGCGAGGAUUGGAUGAAAAUGGAGAACCUAUCAACCUCGAGAACAUGCCCGCUAGACCACAUCGUCGACGUCGAGAAAAGAAGUUGAUGACGAUGGAUGAAGUCAACGAUAAAUUUCCUAUGAUGAAAUACAAGGCUUGGGUCUCAGCACGUGCAAGCGAAGGGCUGCCUACUGCGGGUGGUGUCUCUGCCCCGCCUAGCCGCGCCAACAGCGUAAGGAGCGUUGAAGGCAUCGUGCCGGAAAUAACGUCUAAAGAACAAGAAUCAAACGAGGAUCACAUUGAUCCUAGCUCUGUCCCAAAACCUACGGAUCGAGAAAGGUCUCACGCCAGUCAUGAGAGUCAGGACACCACAGCCGAUAGUAACCCAGCUGGCGACAACACACUUACCCACGCGCAAACCGCGGAAAGUAUAAUAAUGAAAGACCAUGACCAUCGUGCGAGUAUCGACGAAGAGGAUGAUGAUGACGAACACAUAGACGCUGCCCUGCCUCCCGAAUUGGUAGGUACUCAGGGAGAUACGUGCGCAAUCUGUAUCGACACACUCGAAGACAACGACGAUAUUCGUGGAUUAACUUGCGGCCAUGCUUUCCACGCUGUUUGCAUCGACCCUUGGUUGACCAACCGGAGAGCGUCAUGUCCCCUCUGUAAGGCAGAUUACUAUACACCUAAGCCACGCCCGCCUCCUGCAGACGGUGACCCGGCAAAUCCUACAUCUCACAAUGCCGAUCCAUCCCGAAGUAAUGGUCGAAUGAAUAUGCCGAGGUCUCCGCAACGCACGUUCACUUCAUGGAGCAACUUCCGGGGGGCUCCGCGUGGUAUGAUUGCGGGUCGCUUCGGAGGUGUCGGUUCGGAUUCGGCGAAUUACAACCGGCAACCACGGAUAUGGGAGAGAAAUCGCUCAGAACACCCACGAGAUCAUCAUCGUCGCCAUAACCCCCAACCUGAGUCUCAGCCAGCCGCAGCGGAGAACGCCGGGAUUUUUUCAAGAGUUCGCGGUCGUUUCCCACCAUUCCGACUGAAUGAGCUGAUGCGGAGGGACCGUAAUGGGCAAGCCCCAGAUGCAAGCGGGGUGACGGCUUCUGGUGCCAACGGCGGGGCGAACACUACACCGUCACAAUUGGAAGCUGGUGUACGACCGUCUACGACUGCGGUUAACUGA